AUGUCCGCCAUCGAAACUACCCCGACGUACAGAGAAUGCAAAAAACAUUACCAUUGCAUUUCCCCCGGAUGCACCCGCCGCACGCGCAAAGCGGUGAGCUGGGGCAAACGCUCGAUCAAAAGGCACGCGUUGGUACACGAUGGAUCCCGAGGGAUCCCCCUUCGGCGCUGCCCGUAUUGUCCGUAUACCGCCACCACUUUCAUGGGACAUGCUCAUCCAGCGGACACGGCAAUGCAGGUCGAUGGGGACUGUGAUGAUGAGGACUGUGAUGAUGAGGACUGUGAUGCCGACAGUGAGGGCAAUUGUGACUCUGCUGACGAACAGGACGGGAUGGAUUAUACGGAUGACGAGUCCGCUACCCAAGGAAACCUCAGUGAGUCACUUGUCGGAAACCAGCUCUACGACUAUGAUGCACCGGAACAGUAUGGCGACCUCCAGUAA